UCUUCUUCAUCCUCCUGGGGUUGCAGGCUUGCACUCCAUUCUCCUCGAAUAUUCUUUUCUUCACCUCACCCAUCUGGAUCAUAUUCUUAAAGUUCCAAAUAUAUCCCCACCUUCAAACCUAUAUAUAACUCUCCAAUCGAAAAUUCAAUUCGAUUGAAUCCUCUAUAAUCCUUCAAAAAAAAAAAUUAACAAAAGAAAAUCCUCUAUACUUUGUUUUUUCUUUUUCUUUUUUUGGUUUGCCUUUUAAUGCACGAAUUCCUUUCUCAGUUUCACUGCCUUCUCCUAUUAGUCAUAGAAUUUUGAUAGUCCGAAUAAGGUUCGGAUCAAUUCAGGAAACUUGAAUUGAAUUUACAGAAUUUUGUUAAGUUCAAUUCGCAUUAUUUUUCGUUUCCUGAUUUUUUGGCGGUUGAAAGAAAAAUGGUGAAAUUGUUAUGACGGUGCGGACGAUGAUGGACUGUAAAGUUUGUACGGCAUCAGGAGAUUUUUUGUGGCGGGUGAGACCGGGGAUUGCAGGAGGCGGAGGUGGCGCAAGUAUGGGACAGAUGGACGGAGGGUUUAGUCCGUCGGAUGGCGAACAUGACCUGGCGAUGAUGGUGAGUGAAUUCUUGGAGUAUGGGAGUAGCGGGGGAGCUGACUCCAGGUGUAGCAGCGAUAGCGAGUCUGGAUUGUGCGAUAUCGCUGACCUCGCGGACAAAAUUUCUUAUCACAAGCUGGCAAUGGAUCAAUUUGAGAUAGACACGCUUUCGGUGGUUAAUUCACUUCUGUUAUCUACAAGCGAGAAGGACCUUCUGCACGUCAAGUCUGGUUUAUGUAAUGCCAGCUGCAUCAGAUUUUCCUUGGUGAAGCUUCUGAGGCUUUCUGGUUAUGAUGCUGGUGUUUGUGCAGCCAAGUGGCCUGGCAGUUCCAAGGUUCCUGGAGGGGAUCAUGAGUACAUCGACGUGGUUAACUACACGAAUGGUGGAAGCUCAAGCUCUGAACGUCUGAUAAUUGAUAUUGAUUUCCGUAGUCACUUUGAGAUUGCUAGAGCUGUGGAGUCCUAUGAUAGAAUGUUGAAUUCACUUCCUGUAGUUUUUGUGGGCUCUUUGACAAAGCUGAAACAGUUCCUUCAGGUUAUGGUUGAAGCUGCUAGAUCUUCUCUGAAGCAGAAUUCAAUGCCUUUCCCCCCUUGGAGAUCUCUUCCUUAUUUGCAAGCUAAGUGGCAGUCUCCCUAUGAAAGAAAUUUUAGUCCUGAGGAACCCAAUGCUUAUGGAUGGUCUUCUUUGGAGCAUAAACAGUGUGGUGGACAUUUGAGGAGACUGCAGUCUGAGCUUGAAAUUGAGCGACUGUUGAAGCCUGUGAAGAGCAAUAGUUGGAAGCCAAAGCCUGACAAUAGGUGGAGGCGCUCCUCGUAUAUGACUCUUUGACAAAUAAAUUCUGGAGGGAGCUAGGAAGUGUAAGUUCUUGCCUGUUUGCAGACCUGACUUGGUAUGUGAAAGAGGUGCUAUGGCUUUCCUCGUCUUGAGAACCAAUUUUGAGGAGAUUCUCUGGGUAGAGUUAGAAGAAGCAUUCUGCAAUAAGAGCAGAGGAUAUGAUAUAGUGGUAUUUAGAUGAAUUUACACAGAGUAUUAGAAUGGGAACAUUUUAUCCUACUCCCAUCUAAUAAUGGCGCCCUAUACAUUUUAUCUCAUUCUUUGUGCUCCAGAAGAAAGCAAGAGCGUCAGGUUCUGGAUGUGGUGCAGGUUCUCUCCAUCAUCAACUGCAUUUGCAUCCUGCCGCUGAAAUGCUCGCUGGUGGUGCAAGUUUUCUGUUUUGUUUGUUGUCUUUUUAGGGUCUUCUUGCCUCCUUGGAAGGCAAAUUUUGCUCUCUUCUCUUCUGCGGGUUUCCACUUCAAUUGUUAAUUUGAGCUGCUUGUAUUGGUCAUGUUAAGCUUUCUCCGGUGGUCAAAUGAUUUCUUUGACCGUAUCCAUGCUACUUGCUUUCUGUUGCUGCAAAUUGCAAUCAAUCAGUUCCUUUCAUUUUAUUUUA